AAAAAAAAUUGCCUCCCACUCUAUCCACAUUUAUAGGCACUAUAUAGGAAGAAGGCUAUGAGCAACAACUGUGGGAGAGAAAAAGAAAAGCUGAUCAUGUAUCAAGCUUUUGACAAAAUGCAAAGACAUUUCCCCAUGAGUGCUGGUGAUGGUGCCUACAGCUACUCCAGAAACUCCCAAUUGCAGAGAGAAGUGUUAGAUGGUGCAAAGGAGAUGGUAAGAGACGCAAUUAUUGAAAAGCUUGACAUCAAAAGCCUGUUAUCAGCUUCAAUAAACACAUUCCGUAUUAUAGACUUGGGAUGUUCAAUUGGACCAAACACUUUCUCAGCUAUGCAACAUAUUAUAGAAGCUGUAAAGGACAAGUGCCAUUAUCAAUUCAGUGCAGAUUCCUCUAAUAUUAUUCCUGAAUUCCAAGUAUUCUUCAAUGAUCAUGUCAACAAUGAUUUCAAUACCCUAUUUCGAUCUCUACCGGUCGAUAGGUCCUACUUUGCAGUAGGAGUUCCAGGGUCUUUCCACGGCAGGUUAUUUCCCUCUGGUUCGAUCCAUUUUGCACAUUCAUCUUGUGCUAUCCAUUGGUUAUCUAAGUUGCCAGAAAUGUUGUUAGAUGAGAAAUCCCCUGCGUGGAAUAAGGGAUUGAUUCACUAUGUAGAUGCCGCAAAUACUGCAGUAGUUAAUGCUUAUGUUGCGCAGUUCGACAAAGACAUGGAAAUAUUCUUAAGUGCAAGAGCUGAGGAGAUUGUUCCUGGAGGAAUGAUGGUCCUAGUUUCGCCAUUUUCAGGUUAUCGUUACCUCAAAUUUUUCGGUUCAAGUCUUAUGGAUCUGGUUAAUGAGGGAAUGCUAGAUGAAUCUCUAGUUGACGCAUUCAAUGUGCCAGUGUAUUUUCCCUCUCCUGAAGACAUGACUAAAGUGGUGGAGAAAAAUGGCUGUUUUAGCAUCGAGAGAAUAGAGUUGACAUAUCCCCNACAAUUAGUUGUGCCUAUUUAG